ACAAUUCUUGUAGUCUACACAGUGACGGAACCUCAAUGGCAGGAGAUAACUCUUACUUAACCACUAGAAAUCGAGUAACUAUUCAGUUUGCUGGUUAAGUAACUCUGGAAAUAUUAACUUUAACGAAAUUUAUUUGACGGUUUAUAAUUUACUCUUAUGAGUACGGUCGUCAGUUCGUCUGUCGUGUUAGCCUAGCUUAGCCUAACCUUCCAGCCCAAGCAGCAUUGCUUAACACAGUUCUGAGAAGAGAUGUAUCGCAACAAGGAAGUAGCUUGUAUCGGUGACACCAUGAAACCAGUGUAAAAGCAAAACCGCCGUUUAUGUGUUAUUGUGGUAAACCUCCACUAACUUAAUAGGUUUUGUACGAAACUGGGGCUGCCUCCGAAGCGUCCACAACAUGUUGAACAUACCAACCCAGUCUUUUCCUGCUCCGAGUUCCCAGCAGCGGGUCGCUCCAUCCGGCCAGUCCGGGAGGAACAAGGUGGCGUUGAAACCUGGCCACAGUCUGAUGGACUGGAUCCGGUUUUCCAAGAGUGGAAAAGAUCUGACCGGGCUCAGAGGACGCCUGAUUGAAGUUACCCAGGAAGAACUGCAGAAACACAACACAAGAGAUGACUGCUGGACCUGCAUUCGAGAUAUGGUCUACAAUGUGACCCCCUACAUGGACUACCACCCUGGUGGAGAAGAAGAGCUGAUGAAGGCAGCAGGAAGAGAUGGCACUGACCUGUUUGAUCAGGUCCAUCGCUGGGUGAACUAUGAAUCCAUGUUGAAAGAGUGCCUGGUGGGCAGAAUGGCCACUAAGGCCACCACGGCUGUUAAAGCUAUCAUCCCUCCUCCACCACCAACUGGCCUUGCUCCACCUACUUCAGUGGCUCUUCCACCAGAGAAAGACUCUCGGCCUCGGUACGACUGGUUCCAAACUGAUGUGACCGUUCAUCUGGUUGUUUAUACUAAAAGAAAGAUCCCCAAGUCAGGCUGUACCAUUGUUGACCUUGAGGCACGUGUUCUACGAAUGGAAGUACUACUGGGCAAAAUGUCCUACAUGAUACAUUUAUGUCUUGCUGAUGAAGUUGAGGGAAGUGUUGCUGUACACACUGCUAACUCAGUGGGAAAAAUUCAGGUCAGUAUACGCAAGCAGGCAAAAGGAAAAUGGGCAAGUCUUGGUCAGCCACUGGAGUUCCACAAUACACUUCUACGCAAAAAAGACAGAGCUGUCUUCUAUCGGGACUGUGUUUUGGUGUCUAAGACUGAAGUGAACCAUAACACCUAUGUGUUCAGACUGCAAUUACCACGUGGGACUGUCAUGCAUGUGCCUGUUGGAAAACAUGUCUACCUCAAAGCCCUCAUUCAAGACACUGAGGUAGUGAGGCCAUACACUCCAGUGGACCAGAAUCUGACAGGACCAUCCCAACACUCCUUACAGGAAUCAGACCUCUACCUCAUGAUCAAAGUCUACCCUGAUGGAGUGUUCACCCCACAUCUCAACACCCUGCAUAUCGGUGACCACAUAUCCGUUAGUAGUCCAGAGGGUACCUUCAGUCUACGUCCCCUCCGUGAUGCCACAAACCUCUACCUGUUAGCAGCAGGCACAGGUUUUACACCCAUGGCUCGCCUCAUCCAUCAGGCUCUUCAAGACAUAGACACCAUCAGAAUCACCAAACUGCUCUUUUUUAACCGCCGGGAGGAGGACAUACUGUGGCGCUGUGAACUGGAUGAACUGGCUGCUAAUAACGAAAGGUUUCAGGUGGAGUAUGUUCUGUCUGAGCCUAGUGAAAGCUGGACUGGCAGGAAAGGUCGUGUGGAUGAGUCGAUGCUUAACGAGUUCCUCAUCAGGCCAGAUGGGUCCAAAUGCUACGUGUGUGUGUGUGGUCCCACAGCCUUCACAGAACUAACAACAGGGUUGCUGAAGCAGCUAAGCUUCCAUGAAGAGGAGCUCCAUGCCUUCCAGGGAUGACAAGCGCUGCCUCCAACAAACUGAACCCUGCAAAAACUUUGUUGUUGUGGAUGAGAGUGAGAGUCGAUUUUAAUUUAUGAACUUUGUGAGAUAUGAAAGAAAUACUGUAUUUCUAUGCACCAAGAACCAGCGUAUAAACAACACAUCCUGGCAUUGAUGGGCUUGAUGGAAAAAUGACACCGUCACAGUGCAGUGGGAUUCUUGAGAUUCUGGAUUCUCAGGAUUGGUCAGUGUAUGGGUCAAACCUAAUAGAGGUAGUGAAAACAAUCAUUUGUAACGGUGACAAAAUGAAAUGUAUAUGCAAUGUUUAAAGAGAAUGGUCAUGAGAAUAGCAGUGUGUGGCAGAGAACUUCUGCAGAUGUUUAUGGUUCUUAAUGUUACACUUGCAAGAGUUAUAACUGCAGUAAAAUAAAAUGCAUUGUGGGGACAUUUUUUGUCCGUCCCUAAAGAUUGACCUCCUAUUCAUCAA